UGGCCCCGCCCCCAAGAUCCCUAUUGGAGCCUGCCUCGCGGGGCCCAACGGCUCCAGUGAGAGGAUACUGGGACCCCCGGCUCCGAGGCUAGAAGAUGCUGUGGUCGCCGCUCUCGCCGCCCCAGGAGGCGGGGAUUCGAGCGACUGGGAAUCCAGCUGGCGUUGACGUUCCGCCCUCGUGUCCUUCGGUUCUCGUGAUCUGGCCGUUUCGUCCGUUUUUCCGGCGAGAGGCGCCGGUGAAAACAUUUUUCUUGUGUGCCGGUGAAAUUUAAUCAAGGAGUCCCUUUCUGCCUGCCUUGUACAAGAGAAUUUUACUUAUACAAGAGACUUUUGCUUUCGUGAGCGGCAUUGAGGUCUUAAUUGAAGCAUACGGGAUGUAGUUCCCCCGACCAGGAGCGGAAUUCAGACUUCUCUGGUGGCUCAGACGAGAAGCCUGGCGGGCUACAGUCCAUGGGGUCACAAAGAAUUGGACACGACUGAGCGACUAAUACACAAGGCUGAAUAAUAUUCAGUUCUGUGCCUGCUCAGGAUCCCACCUGUCACCAGGAGGGGAACGUGGAGGAGGAAGCAAUGGCUGCAGAGCUGCCAACAGCCUGGUCAGAGGACCCAGUAACCUUCGAGGAAGUGUCAGUGGACUUCUCCCAGGAGGAGUGGGCCCAGCUGGCCCCCGCUCAAAAAAUCCUGUACCAAGACGUGAUGCUGGAGAACUACAGGAACCUGACUUCUGUGGGGUAUCAUCUCCGCAAGCCCCGCCUGCUCACCCAGGAGGAGCUGAGAACACGGAAGAGGAGACUUCUCCAAGACAGCUGUGCAGACCAGAAUUCUCAGCUUAAAACCAAAGAGACCACGGCUGAGAGGAAUAAAGUUUGGGAAAAACCAUUUACUGGCAGGAAAGGGGUACCAACUCAACCUAGAAAGAAGUCCCAUGAACAUAGUCUGUGUGGAAAAGCCAUCAGAAGGAAUCCUGACCUGACUACUAAGAGGAAUUACACAGGUGUGAAACGUGAUGAACGUAAAUAAUGUGGGGAAGCGUUUAGUUAUCCUUCCUUCCUUGGGGUCCAUGUGCGAUCACAUGCUGGUGAGAAAACCUACAAAUGUUCUCAGUAUGGGAAGGCUUUCAGUUGGAACUCCUUUCUCGGGCCACACGCGUGAACUCAUCCUGGAGAGGAACUGUGUCUAAGUGUGGCUAGUGUGGACAGAUCUUCAGCUCUACCUCGAGCCUUGCUGUACCCAAGAGGAUGCACGCUUGGGAGAAGCUGUGUGAAUGCAGUGACUGUGGGAAGGCCUCCGUCAGGAGCAGUGACCCGACAGCGCGUAAGAGAGUACACACGGGAGAGGAACGCCGCCAGUGCAGCGGCUGCCGCAAAACCUCUAGCAGAAAGUUCUUUCUGACGGCGCACAGGAGAACCCGUGCUGGGGAGAAGCCCUACCCAUUCAGUGACUGCAGAAAAGCCUUCCGUAAGAGCUCUAAGGCAACUGCCCACAAGAGGCUACAUGCAAGAGGGAAGAUGUAGCAGUGUCGGAAGCUUUCCAGUCAUUCAUCACGUAGGAAACACGUGAGGAUGCACACUGAAGACAAGUCUGGGAGUGGAAGCAGAGAAAGGCUCAUCGAUCCCACAGGAGAGCAACUGUGAAUAGCUUUGGUAUGGGGGGAAUCCUGCUGGGGCUUAAACUACUGCACAAGGAAAUUCAGAGUGGCAGAGAAAACAUAGAAACGUGAAGAAUGUGGGCUUGCUUUUAUUAGGUCCUAUCUUGAAGCUGGAAAUCUAGCUCAUUAAUUUUCAGUCUGUGUUUUUGAAUUUAAGCAGUUAAGGCCAUAGAUAUCCUGCUAAAUACCCCAUUUGGCUACAUUACACGUGUGCGUGCUCAGUCCUGAAGCUGUGUCUGACUCUUUGCCACCCUAGGACUGUAGCCCUCCAGGCUCCUCUGUUCAUGGGGUUUUCCAGGCAAAAACACUGGAGUGGGUUGCUAUUUCCUCCUCCAGGGGAUCUUCCUGACUCAGGGAUCAAACCUGCGUCUCUUGCAUUGGCAGGUGGAGUCUUCACCACUGAGCCACCAGUUGAACUUGCACAUGGGUUUUGAGCUAAGGUUUUUAAAACUUUGGUUUAGUUCUAAGUGUCAUCUGAUAUAUGUUAGACCUGUUUUAACUCACAGUGUCACUUUACUUUUUAAGCCUAUCAAAAUACUACUUCACCUGAAUUUCAUCCAAACUCUUUCCUUCCCCCCAAUCUUCUAAUAUCCCUGUGUCUUCCGUGGUUUGGUGGGACACCUGGUGGUUCCUCAGGUAUAUUGUUUCCUUUGUAACAAGUUGGUAAAUCCAACUUUGUUAGACUAUAGGUUUUGUCCCUGGUGGUCUUUGGCUGAUUUGUGUUGGGACAAUAAUGUGUAGUCACGAAUACACUCUACUAGUAAUGAGAAUAUAUUUAGAUUCUCAUCUUCUAAAAUGUUCCUAAAAUACCUUUCUAAAAUGUCUUCUAAGAUGUUUUGCUAUCCAUUGUUGAUUUUUAUUUAUGGUGUCAGGUUUUGUUGUUCAGUCGCUAGAUCAGAUCAGAUCAGAUCAGAUCAGUUGCUCAGUCGUGUCCGACUCUUUGCGACCCCAUGAAUCGCAGCACGCCAGGCCU